UGAUGUCACAAGGUGAAUCUCCAAAUUAAAAAUAGUAGCUACGGAAGGUAGCUCUACAAGAUGGCGGAACACAAGAAGUUUCUUGAGGAAUUGCUUCGAAGACCAGGAAACGGCGUAUGUGCAGACUGUGGAAAAGAAAAUCCAGAGUGGGCAUCUUGUAACAUAGGAGUAUUUAUUUGUUUGGAUUGUUCUGGGGUACAUCGAGGAUUUGGUACAGAUGUGAGUCGAGUGAAAUCUAUCAGACUGGAUAUCUGGGAUGGAGACCAAGUUCAGGUGAUGUCAGAGAAGGGAAAUACAAUAGUGAAUGAAGAGUAUGAAAAGUUCAUUCCUCCCUAUUACAGAAAGCCACAUCAUAACGAUGUGGAAGUAUUAAAAUCAGAAUUCAUCAAAGCCAAAUACAGUAGGUUAGAAUUCAAAACACCAGAUGUUCCCACUGGAUACAACUGUCCAUUGAAAGAGGGCAUCAUGUGGAAAAAAGGAAGAGAUGAUCGGAAAUUUCAGAAGAGGAAAUUUAUUCUAUCCAGGGAAAACAAUACAUUGUCUUACUUUGCAAAGGAAAAUAGUAAAAAGGAUGAGAAACCAAAAGCAGAGAUCAAUCUAGAUGACAUUAAUAUAGUUUUUGUCCCAGAUAAAAUUGGUAACCCUAAUGGCAUGCAGAUCACUUAUUUUGCCAAAGGGUCUACAAGGAACUUGUUUGUAUAUACAGAUGACCCUAAGGAUGCUGUUGAUUGGUAUAAUGCUAUCCGAUCCGCCAAACUAGAGAGGAAGAAAGUGGCUUUCCCUGACAGGGAGGAGGCAGAUUUAGCAGAAGAACUCACUAGAGAUUUUAUUCUAGAGGGCUGGUUAAAGAAAAUGGGUCCCAGAAAUGAACCUUUCAAAAAAAGAUUUUUUACACUGGAUAAAAGGAAACUGAUGUAUCUAGAAGAACCUCUGCAUCCUUAUCCAAAAGGAGAAGUGUUUAUUGGGCAUCGAGAUGGGGAUUUUUCAGUGAGCAUGGGCUGCAGUGAUAACUGUAAUACCCAGGGCUACGUGUUUACCCUCCACACUCCAGAACGAGACUUUAUUCUCAGUGCUGAGACUCGCGAGGAUAUGAAUCAAUGGAUUUGUGCAUUACAACGAGUUACAGAGCUGCCCAUGACACCACAGGACAAUCGAUACACUCAGAUCUAUCGUAAAUAAAGUGGCCAGUCUUUUGGUGCCAAAGAGGUCAGAGUCCUUUAGAUUGUCUGUACUAAGGACGUGACAGCUCUUGAUGCUGGGAUGAUUUGUCUAUGUGACAUUGAGUGAUAACCAAUGGUGCAAUUCUGGUUGGUGUGUGUGUGUGUAGUGACCGUUGUAAUAUUUCUCCGGAUUUUUUUUUUCAACUUUGUUUGGAAUGACGCAAGGAUAAUGUUAUGAUUUUUUUUGUUAUUAAUACACAUUACAUGUACUAAUUCAGAGAAUGUAUGUUAGUGCAAUGACAUAAGGGUUGUUCAAUGAAAGAAGAAAAGUGUUGCAUAUUUAGAAUAUCUGAAACAUUCAAAGUUCUUUAUGCCUGUUUUUUUUUUUUUUGGUCUUUCUGUUUUUCUGUACACAACCUUUUGAACAAGUAUGAGAGAAACAGGUAUAUAAAGAUUUUUUUAGAAAUUACAUUUUUUUUUUUUUUACUAAAAAUGCAUCUUUAAUGAUAAAACUCAAAUUCUAUGGUCAAAUAUAAAUAUGCCAUCAUGGGAACAGGGUUUCAGAAAUGAGUAAACUAAUGUUUUGUUACAAUUCUUAAGGGUUGACCAUUAAUGUUUAUACUGUAAAAUGACAUGUUUUCGAGGGGUCAAAUUUUUGUGGCUUGAGGAAAAAAUAUUGGUUAUGGAGAUUUGAUUUCAUGGUUGAGGAAAUGCUGAGGUAGUGUGUAGGCUUAUUUGAAAUUUAACAUUUCAUGGGGCACAUGAAUUCGGGUUCUCUUUAUACCAUGAAAACAGCAAAAAUGAAACCCCUACAAAGAUUAAUGAUUUCCUAGUAACUAUUGAACACUGUACAGGUGUAAAGCCUAUAUUGAUUUUUCUGACUGUAUUUGAGCUUUACUUCAUUUAUUUUUUAUGUACAAUUAAGACAGUGAAAAUGGACUCCAGUAUGGAAAGAAAAUUAACCUCUGCUUGGUCUGCAGGUAUUAAUUGUAUAUAUACACAGGCAGCAUAUAUUAAACAAUGAAGAAAAAAAUAAGUUAAAAAAAAUGGCAUAAUGAUGCAUUUGAUCUUAUGUUGUUAAAGAUGCAUGUAUUUGUAAAAUGUCUGAGAUGAUUUUUGAAGAUGCAGAAGUGUUUAAGUGCAGAUUUUAAGUACUCUGUGCAUGCAGUAAAAACUGACAAUUUACAUGAUAUAGGGACUUCCUGGAUCAGAGUCCUUGCUAUAUUUCAAGUAUCUGUCAAAGCUGAAAGCUUCACAAUUUAUUUUUAGGAAAAAUCACCAAAUAUUCUGGAUUUUGAUUUUUUUUUCUGGAAUAUUUAUGUAGAUUAAACUAAAAAAAUCACUGAACUUCUUAAACAAAUAUAUGUGUAUUCUAGUGUAAAAAUAAAUGAAUCAAAGCUGUGCAAAACAGUGCAUAUGUUUCAUCCUUCCUUCCCCCAAUUUUCAGCCCUUUCCACACUUGUUGCAAAUGCUAAUAUCUAUUUUUAGACCAAUAUACGUUAUUGUUCAUGUUACUAAGUAUUCCAUUGUUGUGCAUUCCAUAUUUUGUUAUCAUGUAGUACAGUGUAUAUGUAUUUUAUGCCUAGUAUUGCUUAUUUAUAAUGCUGAAUCAGAUUGCAAUAAUGGUUAUUUGGUAACAUUGCUAGCCCUGUUUGAAUUCAUUCGUGUAUUGUAUAUAUAAUAUAUUGAAAGCAUUAUUUAGACUUGAAAUAUUCUAACUCUAGUAAACCUAUAAAGAUGUAUUAAGCAACCCCCCCCCCCCCAAGCACACAUGUACGCAAACUUAGUGUACACAAUUUGCAAAAAUUAUAUGUGUACACACUCUGCAAAAAUUAUUGCAUAUUUAGCUUACAGUUGGUCCAUAAAACACACCACUAUUGCCC